UUGAAGUUAUUGAAGAGUUGAAUAUUCAGUUAGGUAAGUGUUAUCUUAUUGAAGAUUUUAUGAAACAUGAUAUUUCACAAAAUCCAGCUAAUAAGAUCUUUUCAGAGUAUCAGGAAAGUAAUAUUAACAAAUAUAGACUUGCAAAAUUCAUACCCCUUUUAAUAGUUGUGAUUAAGGCUA